AUUCCGUGACGUAUAAUCUAGUGGACGGGAUGCUAAGAAGAGCAACACGGCUACUUAUUCAUCCACCUCGAUAGCUUGCUAGGCAACAUGAAAAUGAAAUAUUGAAGCUCUUUAGGCCAUUCUUAUGUAUAUUAGUCUCAGUGUUUUAAACACAAUUGUGUUAACGUAUCAACUGUUUAAUUGUAACGUCAUUUGCAUGUUAAAUGUGUUAACUUGUUAAGAUUGAUACUGAGCCCGGCACUAGGCUAGUUUCUAAUGCUAACCAGCUAAUGCUAUUUAGCGAACUAAUAUCCCCGACCAUGAGCUCACUAAGCUACUUCUCCCCUGCUAAAGAGGUCUGUUGGACUCAGAAAGAAGCUCUGGGGCUGAACAUUGUCGUAAAGGAGGAUGAUAUUACAGUGAAAGGAGAGGAAGAAGCUUUCAGAAUGAAAAAGGAGGAAGAGGAGGCUAUCACAUUGAAAGAAGAGGAGGAGCAUUUUGGGGUGGAGGGAGAAUCGGCUGUCACAGUGGAAAAAGAGGUAGAAGCUUUCAGAAUGAAAAAGGAGGAAGAGGAGGCUGUUUCAGUGAAAGAAGAACCUUUUGGGGAGGAAGAGGAGGCUAUCUCAAUAAAAGAGAAGGUUGAAGCCGUUCUGGGAGUGAAAGAGGAGGAGACAGAAGAUCUGAUUAACACCAGAGAGAUACAUUACUAUCAUGGAUCCUCUGGGGAGCUUCAACAACAUCCUGAUGCUGACGAGGCAGAGAAGAGUCUCUCCAGAUCAGAACACCAGAUGGACAACGCUAGCCCUUCCUCCCUCCCGGAGUCCCUGUAUCGAGCCUGUCCGGAUAGCACUUUACUGCUGGGUAUGAAGAGGUUGUCUGUGCUGCUGGUGGACUGCAGGAAAACAACAGGGCUGAGUGGAACUGUGAGAGGAGGAGAAGAGAAGAAAGGAUCAGAUUUGACACGUCAAAGAGAGAGAUCAGACUCUCACGUUGACAGCGGUAAGAGUCCUCCGGGGGAACCGGACCCAGAGACGCCCAAACCAGCUGGACGACACCACUGCCCCCAGUGUGGAAAGAGUUUUAACCAUUUAGGGAACCUGAAAACGCACGGGAGGACACAUACGGGAGAGAAGCCGUACCACUGCGCCCUGUGUGGAAAGAGAUUCUCCCAUUCGGGGAGUCUGAAAGCACAUACGAAAAUACACACAGGGGAGAAGCCUUACCACUGCUCUCAGUGCGGAAAGAGAUUUAUCCAGUUAGGGAACCUGGAAUCACACGAGAGAACUCACACAGAAGUGAAGAGGCUUUUCCACUGUUCUCAUUGUGAAAAAACGUUUAAGAAUUUAGGGAACCUGAAAGUGCAUGAGAAAUGCCAUACAGGGGGGAAGCUUUUUCGUUGCUCCCAGUGUGGAACGAUAUUUACCCAGUUUAGGCAGCUGACAGACCACGAGGUAACACACACAGGGAAGAUGCCUUACCACUGCUCCCGGUGUGGAAAGACAUAUUUCACUUCACAUGCACUUAGUCUUCAUGAGAGAACACACACAGUGCUCCCGCCCUUAUCUCAUAUUUUUGACUGAAAAAUCGUGUUUUUUUUGUUUAUGCCACAUGAAAUCAAAUUGUAGAAAGUAUACUCGACAACGACGACGAAACAAAUGUUACCCUCUGUUUCUUCUUGAGAAAACACGUUAAAACAAGUAUUUAACAUUAAAUUCUUAUUACUACCAACUGAAAUAAUAAUUUCCUAUAUUAUUUUUCCAAUCAAGUUACAGAGCUCUACCAGGCGGUUGAGACGUCAAGAGGGUCAUAUCUACAAUGACACAUUAGAAUGCUGUUUUGCAUAGCAUUUUUACUGAUCGAGAAAAUAUAUAUUUACUUUAGGUUCAAUGGCCUUUUUAAUACAUAGUUAAGCAUUGUUAAGAGGACUGAUCUCAAACGUGGAACAACAUAUGGUAAUAUUCAAUUACAUUUUGAAAUGUUUGUGUUUUUCCAGGUAGUGGAUACAGUAGUAGUUCCACAAAACGUCUUUCUUGAAUUUCAAAUGGUCUCGGUUCUUCCACCACGUUUCCCCCCCAUCUUCAGACUAUAUUUUACGAUAAUAUGACAAAACGCCAUUUUUUUUUUAUUACUGUUACAGACUUUGUUUUAUUGGCCGAUAGUCUGAAAAUGGAUUAUUUGACGUUAUGAGGCUGAAAUGUGGAUAAAACCACUUAUGUUGCGUAGAAGUAGCUUUUCCUUUCUUUCUCACAGUCAUAGACUGAAUUGUAGUAGUAGUAGCAGUAGUAGUCACUGUAG